AAGAAAGAUGUUGUGGUGAUGGAAAAACCGCUGACGACACACGAGAAGCAAGAAAAGGAAGAGUAUGGAUCAGAAGAACAAGGUGAACUGAAGAUGACUGUGAAAGAACUAGACAUUACUCUACAACCCAUCUGUGAAAUGCCAACAGCUGAUGAUCCCACACUGAUGCAAGAUCAUGGAAAAAUUGAUAACAUUGAGACUAUACCUUGUAGGGAUAAGAUUGAGAGUAAAUGCUAUAAUCCUGGUUGA